GAGAUCAUAUUCCGAGCAAAUUUAAUCUUUCCAAACGACGCCUCUCAAUAGUCAAUAGGAACCCGCAGCGGCGAAACUUCCUUCACGCAGCUCACGUGUGUGUGUGUGUGUGUGUGUGUCAUUACUAUUAUUAAUUACCGUUUUCUUCUUCUUAUUACUAUCGCCAACUUUUCUCUUCUCUUUUCGUGUGUGUGCUCUCAUCGUUUCAGCGAUGUCCGUGAUGGAUACCCUCAAGAAUGUGCCGAAGCAGCUCCUCAGCAAGGCGGAGGAGGCCACGAAGGACUGGUCCGCAGAGCAGAAAAGGCUGACUGGCGCGGUCGUGGCCACCGCGGUGGCUGCGUCUGGCGUGACCUUUCUCGCCAUGCGCCUGGCAGGCCGUUCCAACAGCGGCGCAGGCGUGCGCCCCGAUAGCCACUCGAAGAGUUCCGACAUCUACGAGAGCGAAGCUUCCGCGCGGCAGUACAUGGAGUUCCACUACACCCCGUCCAAGGAGAGCUACACCCAGCGCCUGCGGGCCGUCAGUGAGGCGUCGGACUUCCCUACGCGACUGGCGCACAAAUUCCACACCUAUUUGAAACCCGGGAAGCGCGGCCUCCGUGGCCUUGAUGUGGGCUGCGCAACUGGUGCCUCGGUGCUCGAAAUGUCGAAGGUGUUCGACGGCGGCGUUGUCGGCAUCGACUUCUCGGAGGUCUUCAUUCACCUUGCGAAGGAAGUCGCCGCCAUGCCGAAGUCGGGUAAGAAGGUGUUGUACACCGCACCGGUGCAGGGUGAGAUUACGGAACCGCGGGAGCUGGAGCUGCCUCGUGGCGUGCACCCCGAGCGCUGCGCCUUCUACGCCGGGGAUGCGAUGGACAUGUUCGAGGAGGAUCACAAGAUGGAGAAGACCGUCUCCAAUCGAUACUCCGACGUGACGUACUGGCAGGCGAAGAAGGGCGAGAAGUUCGACGGCGUGCUGUGCUUGAACUUGAUUGAUCGCGUGCCAGACCCCCAGCGGCUCAUCCACAGCUUUGGCCGUCUGGUGGAGAAGGAAGGCGUGUUGAUCCUCGCCGAUCCCUACUCCUGGUGGGAGGAUGCGACGCCCAAGGCGAAGUGGCUCGGCGGCACCCGCGAUGGCGCGCGCAGCGAGGAGGUGAUUGUGGCUGCGCUGAAGAAGGAGUUUGAGCUCCUCAGCGAGAGUGACGAGGGCUUCUUAAUUCGCGAUCACAUCCGUCACUACCAGCUCGGCUUUUCUCACUGCACGGUGUGGCGGAAGAAGUAA